AGACUUUGACAAAAGGAUAUACCACGCCCCGGUACCCAUUCACUGCAGUCGUCUAUGCUAUACAACUAAAAUACAGACUGACGUUGAGAGUCUUGCUCGUGUGAUUUGAAUAUCAAUGUAGUUGACGUUUUCAUGACCAGCAAACGGAGGACCUGCGACACACUGCACGCUCUUCAAUAUCUCAUUGGUAUUACGCUCUCCAACAAGUGACCUUUGCGAACUUGGUUUCAGCUGCCUUCUGAUAAAGCUUCGUCCAACAUCAAGCGGUGAUCUAGAUACAGUACGAUUGUGCUUGCAUCCCGUGUUGAAACCAGUGUCAUGGCUACCGUUCCUCCGAGAUGGGUCGUUCUGUCAAGCGGGCUAUUACUUGUGGUCCUGAUCAGGGGCUAUGUGCAAGCUCAAAAUAUCCUGAUUAAUCCGAUGAUUGGGAAAGGCAGCCAUUUUUACGUAUCUGCUGCCAUUGGAGAAGAACUCAUUCAUCGGGGAUACAACGUCACUUUUCUCCUUGGAGGUGCUUUUUACGAUCAAGCUAGAAACAGCCGCUAUGGGGACAUGUUUCAUUGGGAAGUAUUUCAGCAUCCUAUACCUAGGAAAACAGUCCAUGAUAUGUUUACAAACCUAACUAAACUCAUAUUGGGAGGUGGCUUCCAACAGGAAAUGAAAAUUAUGACUGAGUUGAUGACGGCUCGCGUUAAUGAUUGUACUGCUCUUCUUGAAGACAAGUACCUGAUUGGACGUCUUCGGUCUGCCAAUUUUUCUGCAGUCUUAUAUGAUAUGACGUGGGUUUGUGGAGCAAUGGUUGGGGAAUUACUAAAUCUACCAACCUUUGUAGUCUAUCCAUAUCCUAAUCCUUGUUUGGUAACAUCUUCUCAAGGAUCACAUUUUCACCCAGCUUAUGUACCAAGCUUCAUGACACCUUACUCAAACCAGAUGAAAUUCAAUGAAAGAGUUGUAAACUCGUUACUUUAUAUCCUCGGAGCGUUGAUAGGUCAUUAUUACUAUGCUCCUUACAUAGGCUUGACCAAGCGGUUCAAUGUAUCAGAACCAAUGCUUCUUAUGGCGAAUAGUAAGCUUUGGUUAGUCAAUACCGAUAAUGUAGGAGAGUUUCCAUGUGCCCUAGCUCCGAAUGUCAUUCCAGUUGGUGGUCUUACCACAAGGUCACCAGAAAAACUGCCUUCUGAUGUAGAUGAAUUCAUCCAGGGCUCAAAUGAUGAUGGUAUUAUCAUCUGUUCAUUCGGAUCUUUUCUCAUUCUAGACCAGAAUAGUCUUCGUUUGAUUCGGGUAUUUUCAGAGGCGUUCGAUAGACUGCCCCAAAGAGUAAUAUGGCUUUUGAAGGAACACCCUCCAUUUCCGAUUCCUGCCAAUAUCAAGAUCUUACCCUGGCUACCUCAAAAUGAUAUCCUUGGCCAUCGUAAAACAAGAGCCCUCUUCUUCCACGGAGGUCAGAAUAGUUAUUAUGAGGCCAUUUAUCACGGGGUACCUGUUGUUGUAAUGCCUGUAUACGGUGAUCAGAAGGAUGUCGGAGCAAGAGUCGUCAAUCAAAAAUUAGGAUUAAAAUUGGACAAAGAUUUGCUCACUGCGGAGAUUUUAUAUGACGCUCUUCAUGAGGUAACAACGAACAUUACUUAUACUAAACGGGCAAAAGAGAUGUCUUUUGCUUUUCGAGAUCGAGAAAUGAAGCCAGCUGAACGAGCUUCGUUUUGGAUUGAUUACGCAAUAAAACAUGGUACUCAUCAUCUGGAAAUACCUCUUCGCCGUUUAAAUUUCUUCCAGUACUAUCUCAUAGAUGUCAUUUUAUUCGUCUUAUUGUUUGUGAUAUUAACUCUCUAUAUUUCAUUCAAAUGCCUUAUGUUAGUUCGAUCCUUCAUUUGUAAUUGUCACAUAAAAUCCAAACUUGACUAGUUUGGAAAUAUCAUUCCUUUUCUUUACUAAACAGGUCAAGAUCAUUCAUCCACACUCAUUGAUUUAGUUUAUACCUCUAACUGUAUGAAAGUUGUCGAAAGUGGCGUCCUUCACAUAGGAAUGAGCGACCACUCCUAGUUUAUAUUGAAUGGGGUAAAAUCCGGAAACCAUCUCCAAGGCAUGUGUAUAGAACCUAUAGAACUUAUAAGAAUUUCGAUGGAAAUAUUUUCUUUUCUGAUCUACAAGCCAUCUAUUGGCAAAGUGUAUAUACAUGUAGUGAUGUUAAUCAUUCUCUUCAUCAAUUCCAAACAAUAUUUUCUUCAUUGUGUAAUUGUCAUGCCCCUAUUAGGAAAAGUCGUAUUAAGAAACACCGGAAGCCGUAUUAAGAAACACCGGAAACCUGGGAUAAAUACUGAAAUUAUUGAUCUAAUUCGUAAACGAGACAAAUUGAAAGAUAAAGCGACUCGAAAGCCUACGCGCGCAAAUUGGAAAGCUUAUAGAAAGAGUAAAAAUUAUGUCACUUACAAAAUAAAGCAAAACAAACGUAAAACAUUCCAAAAGAAAAUUAAAGAUUCAAAAGGGAAUGUAAAGAACACGUGGAAAAACCUUAACAUAUUGAUACCACGUAAGAAUAAAAAUACAAAAAUUCAAUGUUUGAUAGUAGAUGAGAAAGAAAUUCAUGAGUCUACAAAGAUUUCACAGACAUUGAAUGAUUUUUUCGUAAAGGUAGGCCCUAGACUUGCAGAUACAAUCGACAGCACAGGGUCUGCAAAUGAAAAUAAUGCAAUGCAAUUUUACCCGCACUCGCUAGUCCAUAUCUUUCAACUUGUCCCAGUAACUAUAAGCGAAAUGAAACAAUUAUUGAAAAUGUCUAGUGGCAAAGCGAUGGGAUGUGAUAUGAUACAAUUUUUUUUUUUUUUUUAAACAAGUGCACACCUAGUUAGCAAUAAUGCAUAUAGCAUUUCCAUUUAUUUGAAAGCAGGAUAAAAGAGCAUUGAAGAUUUAAUGCCUUGCUCAUGGUCAUAGGUGCCACGGCCGGGGAUCGAACCCCGGACUUUCCAUGUAUAGCCAGGCGCCUUAGACCACUCGGCCACGGCACCUCGGCCCAAUGAAACUUAUAAAGAUAGCGAUACCAUAACUGAACCCUUGGCACAUAUUAUAAAUACUACUGCAUGUGUACCUACGGAGUGGAAAAAGGCAAGAGUUAAUGCCUUACAUAAAGGCGGUGCAAACGAACCUUCUAAUUUCAGGCCAAUUUCGAUAUUACCUAUUUUAUCUAAGCUACUAGAACGUAUAGUGUUUGAUCAAUUGUAUGAAUACUUGAACACGAACAAUUUGAUUAAUGACUACCAAUCUGGCUUUCGGCCAUUAUAUUCUACUGCAACGGCAUUACUCAAUACAACAGAUGAAUGGCUAAAAAGCUUUGAUGAAGGCAAAAUAGUAUGCUCUGUCAUGCUGGACUUAAAAAAAACAUUCGACACGGUUGAUUUCGAAUUGCUUAUCCAAAAAUUAAAGCAAUAUGGAAUUGGGGAUCACUCAAUUGAAUGGUUUACAAGUUACUUAUAUGGAAGAUGCCAGAAAACGACAGUGCAUGGUAUAUCAUCUGAUUUAUUACCCAUUAAAUCUGGAAUCCCUCAAGGGUCCAUUUUAGGGCCGCUUCUUUUCAUUUUACAUAUUAAUGAUCUGCCUUUAGUUCUUAGAAAUUGCAAAAUAAGUAUGUAUGCAGAUGACACUAUUUUAUAUUAUGCAAGUAACAACUACUCUGAUCUAGAAAACAAAAUCAAUGAAGAUUUGCAAAAUGUGAAACGAUGGCUUGAUCACAAUAAGCUUAGUUUGAAUAUCAACAAAACUGAAUAUAUUGUCCUAGGAACUAGAAAUCGACUGAAACUAUUCAAAGAUGAAUCGCUAAACAUUCGCAUUGAUGGAACCCCCCUAACAAGAGAGUUACCCAGUGUAAACAUUUAGGAGUAAUUUUAGAUGAAAAUUUGUCAUGGGGAAAACACAUUCAAAAUGUACAGAAGAAAUGUAGUAGCGGUUUGUUUAUGCUAAAAUCGAUACGAAGUAUGGUUGACAAGGAUACCAUGAUUCUCGUCUACAACGCCUUGAUUUCAUCUCAUUUGUCAUAUUGUGAUAUAGUAUGGGUAAAUUGCGGCAAACGUUUAAAAGAUAGCCUCCAAAAGAUUCAAAAUCGGGCAGCACGCGUUAUCAAUAAUACCGCCUGGGAUUCAUCCGGAAACGAUAAUCUAAAUGAACUAAAUUGGGAUACACUUGAAAAGAAAAGGAAUGAAAGUGUUGCAAUAAUGAUGUUUAAUAUACUCAAUAACUUCGCCCCUUCAUAUCUAAUCAAUAGAUUUUCCCUUAAAGAAAGAUCACAUAACACAAGAAGUGGGAAUAUCAAUUUGGAAAUUAUGCAAAUAAAGUCUGAAUCUGCAAAGCGCAUGUUUAUGUACAGAGGCGCCAGUAUGUGGAACUCAUUGCCCACGAAUAUUCAAGCGGCACAAACAAAACACAAUUUCAAAACAGGUCUUAAGAGAUCAUCUGUGUGAUAUGGAUUACAAUGACUAUUUUUUCUGUUUAAUUGUUUUUAUCAAACAUCAACAGACAGUUUCUAUUUUCUGUCCCAAAGAAGUGUAUUAUUUUCCAAUCAUUUCAUAUGUUUUGCUUUUAUAUGGCAUCAGUAUUAAUCAAGCUUUAUAAUUAUUUUCAGUCCAUAUUAAGUUGUCAUAAAUUUUCCAGUCAUUUUAUAUGUUUAGCUUUUAUCAUUGAUAAAUCAUGACUUAUAUUCAUUUUCUUGUGCUCGGUUAUCCAUUAUAGAAACAUGUAUUUACUUUGACAUUUUACUUUACCAUGUACAUAUUUACUGUACCAUGUAUGCACCGCUUUGUUCUAAUUUACAGAUAGAUAUUUCAUGUUGUAAGUUAUUGAUGUUUUUGAGAACGGUAUAUAAUUUCUUCGUCUUUUUCUUACUAUCAUUAUUAUUCUUUUUCUUCUUCUUUUCUUGUGUUAUCUUCUCUGUUGUCUUUUUCUUCUCCCUCUCACUUUUCCCUUCUUCCUUUUUUCUUCUCCCCUCCUCUUCACGUUCCAAUGAUUGCCUUGUAAUAUUUAACUGAUGCUUAAUUCUAUUCCAUAUAUAUUGUUCGUUAAACAAUGAUUUUAAAAUGUUUACUCAGUCAAUGUUUGACACGGCCCCAAUGGAAAUCAGUCUGUGAACUGUUUGGGCUUUUUAACCGUGUAUAAAUAAAAUAAAUCUUAUCU